ACUUUACUCGUUUACUGUCAUCACAGAACAGAAGAGAAACAGGGCUUGAAACGGCUUGAAAUGCUGUUCGUAGACUAACCACUGUUAGACUUGAAACAAUGGACGGAACUGUUGUGGACCGAGAAGCGUUUCAUACGGAAAGUACAACAGUGUCCGUUACCCAAAUCAGUCCCGUCUGAAAAUGGCGGAGUAUAUACAUGUCGUUCGAAGGGCUUUGGGACAGUUAGGAGGUCACGGUGGUGUGAAAGGCUUAUUUGUUCAGUUAUUCAGGGCAAAUGAUGUGAAAACGGGAGCGCUGAUUGGCGUGGACAAGUAUGGAAACAAGUACUUUGAGGACACACGCUACUUUUUUGGUCGUCACCGCUGGGUGAUCUACACGACAGAGAUGAAUGGAAAGAACACCAUGUGGGAGGUGGAUGGCAGCAUGGUGCCCGCUGAAUGGCAUCGCUGGCUCCACUGUAUGACAGACAACCCCCCCACCACACACCCUCCUACGCCCAAGAAGUUCCUGGCGGAGGUCCACCAGUUCAACGUGAGUGGUUCGGCCCAGGCGUACGUGCCCUACUCCACCACCCGCAAGAAGAUCCACGAGUGGGUGCCCCCAAAGGCUCAGUGACCCUGCUUAGACCUGACCUCUGACCCGUGACCUUGUUCUGUAAAUGAUGAGUGUGAUUUCCUGUGUGUGCGUUCACCACCACAUCUUUGCUUCUAAAUAAAAUCUAAUCUAUAUGGACACUG